AUGUCAGAUGCUUCAUCUUCUAUGGGGAAAACCUCAAAUCAUAAGCCAUUGGACCCUUUUGCUAAAAGCUACCAACCUCAAGGUCCUCAACCGCUAAAUAUCUAUUUCCCCCCUGAGUCGCCUUAUUACUUCCAUUGCCAUCCUCCUCCAAGCUUUCAUUAUUUAAACAUAUAUAACUCAGGAAAGCAGCCACUUCCAUGGAUUGAAGUGUUCAAUGCCCCAAAACAUAUAAACUAUGGGUCUGAACGGAUUAUUGGGAAUAGGAACAAAAGUAAAUGGAGGUUACUUCCUCCACGGUUGAAGUGGGCGAAGGAGUUUCCAAUGCGUAGAAAAGAAGUUUGGGUCAAAAAAGUGAAAGCUGGUUCAAAUCACGCUGAGGAACAAGCCAAAUUUGAUGGAAAGACUUCAUUAAUGAUCAAAAACGUCCCCAAUCACUUUCAAAGGAUUGAUUUGCAGCGCCUGUUGGAUGAUCACUGCGGGACAGAAAAUAGAAAAGCUCAACCGGGCUCUUAUUUCUGCAAAUCUGAAUAUGAUUUCCUUUAUCUUCCAAUGGAUUUUGGGUUUCACUUAAAUCUGGGAUUUGCAUUUGUCAAUUUUACGAGUCCUGUUGCUGCAUUGAGGUUUUAUAAGGACUUUAACAACCGAGAAUGGAGCUCUAGACUUGGCAGGAAGAAAACCUGUGAAAUUAGUGUUGCCAAAUUCCAGGGAAAAGAUGCAUUGAAAGAAAAUUUUGAGCACUCGUACUUCGCAUGUCAUACAAACAAGUACUUGCCAGUGGUUUAUACCCCACCACGGGAUGGUUUCAACCGCUCUAACCCAACUGUUGUUGGCAGACGAAUCCAGGUAACUGCGAUACCAAAGGAUCAAAAGGUGAUGAUCAUGACCCAAAGGAAGAACAAAAAAGAAGCUUGACUGACUCCCCUGCUCCAUGUUCCACAUUAUUUAGGUUUAAGCUCUCUUUAUAAACUUUUGGUCGAUAAUCUUAGGCAAUAUAUAUAGUGCACCAGUACUUUAUAUGAUGCAUGUGGAACCUUGUUUUCAUUCUCUCCCCCGAUGAGAUGAGCCAUCGGGGGUGAAGUGGAAACAUAGAUCCUUUUUCACCAAAUAUGAUAGGUUUUGCUUCCUUUGUUUUCAUUGUCUCUCCCUAGGCGGAUUUCAUGGCUGUUGUUGGUGUUGAAAGU